GAUUGUGUAUGACUCAAUCCCCAUCAUCCGGGCUCUUCACGUCGUUACAGUGGUGUACUGUUGGGUGGUUUAAUUCUAAGGGUAUCUUGCACUAUAACGUAAAGUCGAGCAUGUGCUGCUACCGAUAACGAUUCAACAUGCACGGACAAGGAGAAAUCGGUUUCGCCACUCUUCCAGACCAAGUUCAUCGAAAAUCCGUCAAGAAAGGAUUUGACUUUACUUUGAUGGUUGUAGGUGAAUCUGGACUGGGUAAAUCAACUCUUAUUAACAGCCUGUUCUUAACAGAUAUAUAUAAAGAUAGAGUUGUUCCUAAUGUGGAAGAAAGGGUUGACAAGACAGUCGAUAUUCAAAAAACUACAAUAGAAAUCGAAGAGAAAGGUGUUCGAUUGCGUUUGACAGUUGUAGACACUCCCGGAUUUGGAGAUUCUGUCAAUUGUGAAGACAACUAUAAAACAAUCGAAAAAUAUAUAGACGAACAAUUUAAUCAGUUUUUUAAAGACGAGAGUGGCUUGAAUAGGAAGAACAUCGUGGAUAAUAGAGUUCAUUGUUGUCUUUAUUUUGUCCCUCCAUUCGGGCACGGUUUAAGACCCAUCGAUAUAGAAUUUAUGAAACGUCUCCAUCAAAAAGUCAAUAUCGUUCCGAUAGUAGCUAAAGCAGAUUCUUUAACAGCCGUAGAAAUAAGAAGAUUGAAGGAUCGAAUUCUGAGAGAACUCGACGAACAUCAAGUAAAAAUCUAUCAGUUACCCGAAUGUGAUAGCGAUGAAGAUGAGGAAUUCAAGCAACAAGAUCGAGAACUUAAGUACGUUAAUUAUAUGUUAUCUGAUAUGGAUCAUGCCUGA